AAAAAAGUGUUGCUGGGAGACUUUUGUUUAUUUUGCAAUGUGCAUUGCCCUUCCAUGUGCACCUUGCUGCUAAGGCUGGGGCGGACUGACAACUCAUGGGGCCCCCGGGCAAUAGGGGAUCAUGGGGCCCCUGUGUCCUUGCCCAAACUCAAAAAAGCCUAUGAAAAAGGUACCAGGGGCAUCUCAUGGGGCCCCCUACUAACCCGGGGCCCUCGGGCAGUGCCCGAGUUUCCAAAUGGUCAGUCUGCCCCUGCUCUGUGAUCAUUCAGAGAUUUCACAAGUAGUAAGCAAUGAUGUCAGGAUGUGACAUCUUGUUUACUACUAUUCAUGUGAUCACUGAUUGGCCAAUCAGUGAUCACAUGAAUCGGGACCUCA